GGAAGCAGACGGCGGGAUCAGCGGCAGCGGUAACAUCAGCAUGGCCGCGCUCUACGGGGGUGUAGAGGGGGGAGGAACACGGUCCAAGGUCCUUUUACUCUCAGAGGACGGGCAGAUCCUGGCAGAAGCGGAUGGACUCAGCACAAACCACUGGCUGAUCGGCACAGACAAGUGUGUGGAGAGGAUCAACGAGAUGGUGAACAGGGCCAAACGGAAAGCAGGGGUCGAUCCUUUGGUACCUCUGCGAAGCUUGGGCCUAUCCCUGAGCGGUGGAGAGCAGGAGGAUGCGGUGAGGAUCCUGAUGGAGGAGCUGAGGGACCGAUUUCCCUACCUGAGUGAAAGCUACUUAAUCACCACUGAUGCCGCUGGCUCCAUCGCCACAGCUACGCCGGAUGGUGGGAUCGUGCUCAUCUCUGGGACCGGCUCCAACUGCAGGCUCAUCAACCCCGAUGGCUCUGAGAGUGGCUGCGGUGGCUGGGGCCACAUGAUGGGAGAUGAGGGCUCAGCCUACUGGAUUGCACACCAAGCAGUGAAAAUAGUGUUUGACUCCAUCGACAACCUAGAGGCAGCUCCUCAUGACAUUGGCUACGUCAAACAGGCCAUGUUCAACUAUUUCCAGGUGCCAGAUCGGCUAGGAAUCCUCGUACACCUGUAUAGGGACUUUGAUAAAUGCAGGUUUGCUGGGUUUUGCCGGAAAAUUGCAGAAGGCGCUCAGCAGGGAGAUCCUCUUUCCCGGUACAUCUUCAGGAAGGCUGGGGAGAUGCUGGGCAGACACGUUGUGGCAGUGUUGCCUGAGAUUGACCCGGUCUUGUUCAAAGGGGAGAUUGGCCUCCCUAUCCUGUGUGUGGGCUCUGUGUGGAAGAGCUGGGAGCUGCUGAAGGAAGGUUUCCUUUUGGCGCUGACCCAGGGCAGAGAGAUCCAGGCUCAGAAUUCUUUCUCCAGCUUCACCCUGAUGAAGCUGAAUCACUCCUCCGCCCUGGGCGGGGCCAGCCUAGGGGCCAGGCACAUCGGGCACCUCCUCCCCAUGGACUACAGUGUCAAUGCCGUUGCCUUCUACUCUUAUACCUUCUCCUAGGGGGCAGGCCCAGGCUCCACCUGCACCCCCAUGGCCAGUGGACUUUGGGUGCUGGAAGGGAGGGGGCUUUUUUCCUUUUUUAAAAAAAAAAGAAAAACACAUAUAGAAAAUAAAUGCACUUUACCCACUCUCCA